GAGUAUGUGUUUAACUUUAUUUCAAGAUAUUUCAUUCUUACAGAAAAGUUGCAAGAAUAGUACACAGGAUUUCUCUAUACUCAAUUCCCCAUUUGUUAACAUUUUACCAUAUUUGCCUUAUUAUCAUUCCUUCUGUGUGUGUUUACACAUUAUUAUUGCUAUUACUUCUGUAUUUUUAAUUAGUGAAAUCUGAAUUGUAAAAUUCUUUAAUGAACUAUGGACUUAUUUUUUUUAAAUACCUAGAGGAACUCAAAUUAGGCUAGAAGUUUAUUAAUUCCCCCUAUUUCUACCUGUUGCAUUAAGGUAAAUCAUGCUUUGCAAGUGUGUGAAAGGUUAUCGUUAGAUCUCGAGGUGACGUUUUGAUAAGCCUGUAGCUUGCAGUCCUAUAAGGAAAGCAUUUCUGAAAACCAAGGAAGGCUUCAGCUGAGGCCCACACACAGUCCUAAACUGUCUGGAUUUGUGAAGUUAGCGUUCGAUGUUGUAUGGGGACUGUCACAACUGUUUGCAGCCAGUUUGUGGUCCUCUUGGACAGUGUCCUUUGACAACUGGGCUUGGUGUUGACUGAGUUGGUGGCCUCAGCCUGACAUACCUUCCUGUCCUUUAGUUUCAGAACUAAAGAGAGCAGGCCAGAGGUCCUAGGCUUUCGAGGGACUUCUGUAUUUCAAGUAUCCUAUGGUGACUUGUUCGUGACACAGACCAUUUUUUAAAUGACCUCUAAUUUCAGCAGUGGUUUCGUUUAACAUACGUUGGAGCCUGCGUAUCUGGUUUUUUUGCAGUCAUGAAAUCAAAACCUCUUCUUCAGGUGGUUUAAGUAACCCAGUUUAAGCAUGAAGUGAGUCAAACAAACAGGGUGCCACCUUAACAGAGACAUUUGUUGGUGUUAAGGGAUGUGGAUAUGACUUACAUAACCUCUCAUAGGGCGUUUCCAAAACCAUAUAAGGAAGCUGGAAAUAGUCACCUCUCCUUUGUAAUGUCAAACAUGAACUCACCAGUGAGACUGGGGCUUGUGUCCUCAAAGAAAGCAUGAAGAAACAACCACCAGACAGUCUUGGGAGGAGAAGGCACCAGGCAUUUGUUCAGGGGGUGGAUGCAGCCCUCACAGCGGCCUUGGGACACAAGUAUCAUCCCUUCAAGCUUGAAGCUCCCACACCCCCAGGGCCACUGGGUUGCACUGUGUGAAUGGUACCCCAUUCACACCUAAGUGACAGCUAUAUUGUGCGUGUCAAGGCUGUGGUUAUGACCAGAGAUGACUCCAGCGGGGGAUGGUUCCCACAGGAAGGAGGCGGGAUCAGUCGCGUGGGGGUCUGUAAGGUCAUGCACCCCGAAGGCAAUGGACGAAGCGGCUUUCUCAUCCAUGGUGAACGACAGAAAGACAAACUGGUGGUAUUGGAAUGCUAUGUAAGAAAGGACUUGGUCUACACCAAAGCCAACCCAACCUUUCAUCAUUGGAAGGUCGACAAUAGGAAGUUUGGACUUACUUUCCAAAGCCCUGCUGAUGCGCGAGCCUUUGACAGGGGAGUGAGGAAAGCAAUCGAAGACCUUAUAGAAGGCUCAACAACAUCAUCUUCCACCAUCCAUAAUGAAGCCGAGCUUGGUGAUGAUGACGUUUUUACAACAGCUACAGAUAGUUCUUCUAAUUCCUCUCAGAAGAGGGAACAACCUACCCGGACAAUCUCCUCUCCCACAUCCUGUGAGCACCGGCGGAUUUACACCCUGGGCCACCUCCACGACCCGUACCCCGCGGACCACUAUCACCUCGAACAGCCGAUGCCAAGGCCCUACCGCCAGGUGAGCUUCCCAGACGACGAGGAGGAGAUCGUGCGCAUUAACCCCCGGGAGAAGAUCUGGAUGACGGGAUACGAGGAUUACCGGCACGCGCCCGUGAGGGGCAAGUACCUGGACACCUCGGAGGACGUGGACUCCUACGUGCGCUUCGCCAAAGGCGAGGUCCCCAAGCACGACUACAACUACCCCUACGUGGACCCCUCAGACUUUGGCCUCGGCGAGGACCCCAAAGGGCGCGGGGGUGGCGUGAUCAAGACGCAGCCGGCCCGGGGCAAGUCCCGGCGGCGGAAGGAGGACGGCGAGCGCUCCCGGUGCGAGUACUGCAGGGACAUGUUCAACCACGAGGAUAACCGGAGGGGCCACUGUCAGGACGCGCCCGACUCCGUGAGAACUUGCAUCCGCCGGGUGAGCUGUAUGUGGUGUGCAGACAGCAUGCUCUAUCACUGUAUGUCGGACCCCGAGGGAGACUAUACAGACCCAUGCUCGUGCGACACUAGCGACGAGAAGUUUUGCCUCCGGUGGAUGGCUCUUAUUGCCUUGUCUUUCUUGGCCCCCUGUAUGUGCUGUUACCUGCCCCUUCGGGCCUGCUACCACUGCGGAGUGAUGUGCAGGUGCUGCGGCGGGAAGCACAAAGCGGCCGUGUGACUCGGUGCCCCUCCCUCCCGCUCCUCUGUCCACGGUCACAAGGGAACUUGUCUUCUCCACCCUCUCAUCUUCUCCCCUGCUCCCUGGUACCUGGCGGGCGCCCUUCCGGCCUGGGGAACCUCCCCGGUGGACUCUGCCCUCCCCCCAGCCCCCCACUCUGCGUCAGCCACACACCCAUACACGCACACAGUGUUCUAAGGAAAGGAACCUCCGCAGAGACUCUCGUGUAUUAGCGAUCUGUAAUCAAGCUGUCUUAUCCGUGUUGAUUUCCUGUCCUUCCUCCCCACCUCUUCCAGUUCAAAGUCACCUGUAGUAGGAACUGCUGAUCUUUGGUGGGUGUUGUAGGUGGUUUUUUCCAGGAGCGUGGAAGACCCCCUUUCUCUUGGGUCAGCUUGACUGUUGCUAAUGAGCAUCAUCGGGGUCCUGCGGAAAUGUGAUGUUAGAAUGAUGAAACCCUGCCAGAAGUAUUUUAACCUGCAGUCGGUUGUUGUGUAUAGGAGGUGAGCUAGUUAACUUCUACCACAAAACAAGAUCACUUUAACUUGUCCAAAGCCGCAUUUCCCCCGUAAGCUGCAGUGUCUAUCUUGAGCCCAUCAUCGUGUUCUGCCCCCCACUCAUCCAAAUCUUGUCAGUUAUUCACUGAUGCGAACAUUCUACCCGUAAAGCGACUGAGAAUUGAGCCUUAACUUCAGAUUAACUUGUGCGAAUCAGGAAAAUUCCGUAAACUGCAUUGCGUCCUCUCGGACCAGGGCUAGAAAGGGGGUUUCAGGUCUUUCUGAGCCUCCCCAGGUACCCCUAAAGUAGAACUUUUUAAAAUUAUGUCACCACCACUUCUAAAACUUUAGCAAUAUUAGAAGAAAAUGCUAAUGAAGUAAGAAAUUUUGCUCAUUGUUCUGCAAACCAAGUAGUCCAUUCAAACACAAACCAGUGUUCUCCAAAAAAAGUUCCAAGUGAAAAAACACUAAGGUUGUGAUAAUAAAACUCUAAGAGCUUUUUUCCCCCCAGUGGCUAUUUUCUAUUAACCGGGGGAAAUUUUAAAUGUCAUAAAUUGGAAGAGUGGUGGGUUGCCCUUUUUUGUUCAUGGGUUUGUGGGGUUUUUUUCAUUUUGGACUCAAUUUCACAUCACCAAAUUCUUCAUUUCUACUUGGGAAAAAACAUGGCCAUAUGUAAAAACCCUUCUGAUGCCUAAGUGUCUUUCUCCUGCAACCCCAAACUCAGACUUGCCACUUUGGGUGCACAGACGGUCAAGUCAGCAGGCUGGGUCUACCUGUCGCCUUGCCACAUAGGAGGCUUCUAAUUAGCUGGGAAAGAGUAUUUUUCUAAUAUAUUGCAAAGAAUAGCCAAGUCUUCUUGCUGCAGAAAGAAGAAAAGUGAAGAGUGAUUACCUGUACCUAGCAUAGUACAAUCAGAACGGCCUGGAGACCACGGGGGACAGGCUUGUUGGCGCUGGCUGUUCUUCCUGCCAUAAUCUUCCUGUGGCCAUUGCCAGCUGAGGGUGUUGCCUGGUCCCUCUCUCCCUGCUUCCCUCAUCCCUUCUCUGUUGCACACAGGACAUCCGUCUUCAAGGAAAGGGACUUUCUUCUUCCAGUCUGCCAAUAGUACGGGGAAAAUGCUAGCCACGCUUACCUUCAUGGCAAUGUUUUCAGCUCAUCUGACAGCCCAUCGCAUUUCUUUAGUCAGGUCGUCGGUGUAAAUACCCAGUGUGCUUAUGAGUUAGUGGGUGUAUGUUUUCAUUUGUUGGAGUGACUGGUUCGGGCCUUCCAGUUUGGGAAAGGAGCAGAGAGCUGUCAAUCUGGUGAUGCGAGAGCCGCCCCCCCCCCCAGGAGAACAUCUCGAAAACCUGCAGCCAGCCUCCAGACGUUGUCGAGAGACCAUCUCCCCCACUCUGAGGUGCUCCCUCAGGGUCUUUCUCAAGGUCUCCUCUCUACAAAGCACAACACUAAUGUAUGUUUUGUUAGACCUCAGUUCACGUGCCCCUAUUUAUUUCAGGAUAAUACACACAUCCCGCCGCUUUGUGUUUGUUGUCCCUAAUUAGUCAUUAUCUAUUUCUGUCUUCCUUUAUCUCUACUCCUUUUCCACCCCUUUGAAGAGUUAUGCUGGUGAAUCUUCUUCCGCGUACACUUUUGGUUGGUGAAGGCAGCAGUUAAGGGCACAAGGACAGCCAUGGGGACAUUGAUGUAAAUACAUCUCUCUCUAAUUACCACGCUGCAGCUGAGCAGUGUGUAGCAUUUUCCCAGUCAGCUCUGCCAUACUGACGUCAAUCAUUUGAGAGAAAUUAUUCAGAUUUUAUUUUUGUAUCUGUGGUAACAAAACAUUAACCAAAAGAUUUUCUGUUGGGAAGCUUCCCCCUGACCCCCUAAGCUAUUUGCUCACAUUAACAAAUUAAAGUGCCUGAAGCAUAAUUCAUUCUUUACCUGUAUACUAAAAACCCUGUUGUAUUGAUUUUUUUAUAAUAAGCCUUUUUACCUCUGUGUAAAAAAUAUAUAUACAAGUGUAUGAUGUACAUUUUAGUUCUUAACUUUUUUUUAUGGUUUCUAAUAUGUAUGACCAACGUAGCCAUUGCUUUAAAAUGUACCAUGUAAAUAUAAACACAUCCUAUCAGA